AUUUAAAUUUCACAAAUUUGCUGCAUAUCUACUAACGCUGCCGGAAAAUGGCGUUGCAAAGAAAGAAAGACGGCUCGCCGAACGUUAAGUUUUUCGAAGCCGUAGAGACAAUUGCACAGUUUGAUUCAGUCAGAACCUGGUUAAACAAAAACCACAAAAAGUAUAUCCAGGCAGAUCCACCAACAAAUAAAAGUUUAUCAAGUCUUGUCAUUCAGUUGUUACAGUUCCAGGAAGAAACUUUCGGUAAACAUGUAAAAAAUCCAGCAAUAACCAAAUUACCUAUGAAAUGUUUCCUUGACUUCAAAGCAGGUGGAUCUUUAUGUCAUAUUAUAGCAGCAGUGUAUAAAUUUAAAAGUGAUCAAGGAUGGAGAAGAUUCGAUUUCCAAUCUCCAUCGAGAAUGGAGAGAAAUGUGGAGAUGUUUUUACAGAUAGAACGGUCACUGGUGGCCAACAAAUGUCUGACAAUGCCAAGUAUUUUCUUGAGUCCAGAAUUAGACAAACAAAUGAUAGGAAGACUGAAGGACAUAGCCAAACGCCAUCAGGGAACUGUCACUGAUGAUGAAGAUGAUGCUACCCAUAUUGUUAAUCCUGUCACAGAAGAUCCAUCAGAGGAGGAAUAUGUUCGUCUUGUUUCAAAGAGAGAUAAAUAUGCCAUGGUCCAUUGGCUUAACUUUCCUGACAGUUAUGAUAUUUGGGUUGCUGAUCUAAACUUGGAUAUAGAACCAGAACCUUUACAACACCACGGUGGUAGUUGGGAGGUUACAGCCAAGUGGUUAUUAGAUCUGGAAGAAUACAACGAGUGGAUGAAUGAAGAAGAUUAUCUUAUGGAGGAAGAGACUGCAACAAUUACAGUUGGAAGGACUCACUCUCAGGUCAAGUAUGAAUCUAAAAAAGGAAAGAAACCUAAAAGUGUAAGGAUGACAGUGGAUGAGAUGCUGGCCAACAAUGAUUCCGAUAAGAAAGACAAGAAGGAUAAGAAGAGUAAACGUAAGAGAUCACCAUCUCCUCCACCGGUUACAGAGAAGUUGAAGAAGAGAAAGAGUGGUAGGAACUCCACAGCUCCUGGUUCCUCGAGUAAGAAACGUCCAAACAGAGACGAAGAUGAAGAUGACCUGACCAAAGAUAUGGACGAUCCUUCUCCUGAGACAAAUAUUACGGAAGUGCAACUCUCAAAACAAUGGUCCAAUAAAUAUCUAAGUUUCCUGCACGGUCGUGGUCAAAACUCCCAAAAGUCGAACCAGCCCAAUGUAAGCAGAACUCAGAAGGACAGUGAAAAUCAACCAAUCAAAGCAGGAACGAUGAUGGAUUUAGAUGAGGAAUCAGUGGAUAAGUUUGUAGAUGAAGGAAGAGCAGAGGAGGAAGUUGAAGAGACUAAAGUUGAGGAUGAUGAUGAUAAUGUGACAGAACAGACCCACCAUAUAGUUGUACCAAGUUAUGCUUCUUGGUUUGAUUACAAUGCUAUUCAUGCUAUAGAGAAACGAGCCUUACCAGAAUUCUUCAAUGGUAGAAAUAAAUCUAAAACUCCUGAAAUAUUAAUAGCAUACAGAAACUUCAUGAUAGAUACAUACAGACUUAAUCCAACAGAAUACCUUACAAGUACUGCCUGUCGUAGAAACUUAGCCGGAGACGUUUGUGCAAUAACAAGAGUCCAUGCAUUCCUAGAGCAAUGGGGACUUCUUAAUUAUCAAGUGGAUGCUGAAAACAGACCCUCAUCCAUGGGACCACCACCGACAUCACAUUUCCACAUCAUGGCAGACACUCCAUCUGGUUUGCAACCUGUCAAUCCACCAAAGAUCAAUCAGCCAUCAGCAGCUAAACAGAUCGUAAACUUUGAAGAUAAAGAGAAUGGUCGUGAGUUUGAUGACAGGAAGGACUUGUCCAACUUUAGUCUCAGAAUGGACCAGUACAGUAAAAAGGGGCUGAAGGAUAAAGGAGCAGCAACACGUUCCCGUGAGUGGACCGACCAAGAGACACUUUUGUUAUUGGAGGCAUUGGAGAUGUUUAAAGAUGACUGGAAUAAAGUCAGUGAACAUGUUGGCAGUCGUACACAAGAUGAAUGUAUACUUCAUUUCCUCAGACUACCUAUAGAAGAUCCAUUCAUGGAAGAAGACUUUGGUCAUUUAGGUCCAUUAGCAUACCAGCCUGUGCCAUUUUCACAGAGUGGUAAUCCUAUUAUGUCAACAGUAGCUUUCUUAGCUUCAGUUGUGGAUCCUAGAAUAGCAUCAUCUGCAGCUAAAGCAGCUCUAGAACAAUUUGCUAAGAUGAAGGAUGAAGUACCUCCAGCUUUAGUAGAUGCCCAUGUUAAGACUGUUGAAGAGGCAGUUAAAGAGGGAAAAGAUGUCGACCAAAACUUUGGUCUAGAGAAAAGUGGCAUUGCUGGAACUGCUCCUGAAAAAGAGGAAGAGGAAGCAGAUAAGGACAAGGAAGGAAAAGCAGAGGAAAAGAAAGAUGAAAGUAAAGAAGAAGGAAAAGAGAAAGAUGAAAAAGAAAAAGAAAAGUCUGAAGAAUCCAUGGAAACAGACCAGGAAAAAGCUGAAGACAAAUCAGAAGAAAAGAAAGAAAAAGAAGAUGAAGGCAAGAAAGAGGAUAAACAAGAAAAGGAAGAGACCAAAGCUGAAGGAGAACAAGAGAAGAAAACAGAUGGUGAAGUGAAGACAGAGGAGAAAGAAGAAGAAAAGAAAGAAAAAACAGAAGUUGUUGCCUGGAAACCAGAUGGGAAUAUUGCUACUGCUGCUGCUGCAGCACUGUCAUCGGCUGCUGUCAAGGCUAAGCAUCUUGCAGCUGUUGAAGAAAGAAAAAUCAAAAGUUUAGUUGCUUUGUUGGUAGAAACACAAAUGAAGAAGUUAGAAAUCAAGCUACGACAUUUUGAAGAGUUAGAAACUAUUAUGGACAGGGAAAGAGAUGCUCUUGAGUACCAAAGACAGCAGUUGUUACAAGAGAGACAACAGUUCCACAUGGAGCAAAUCAAGGCUGCUGAACAUAGAGCAAGACAGAUGGCCAUGCAACAGUUAGUCACAGAACAGAGAAGUCAAGGAGCAACAUCAGAUCAACCAGGUUCACCAGCUCCAUCCCCAUUACCUGCAGCUUCAGCCAGCUUAGCAGCAGCAGUUAACUACCCAAUGACAGGCUCGCCUAUGGCUCCCAUGCCUCCACCCGGCCCCCAGGCAGCACAACAGACAUCACAAGAAUCUCCAGCACCCCCUACAUCAGCAUCACCAGCCCCCCUCAUGCCAUCAGAGACACCCACACAACCUCAGAAUGUAACUCUACAAGCUUCAGUAGGAAAUACAGAUGUACCACCAGAAGGAAUUUCACAGAAACCUGAACCAAUGCAGCUAGAACAGCCUGAACCAAUGUCAGUUGACUCACAGCCUCCAUCAUUAUCAUCAUCAUCAUCAUGAUAGAUUGCCUCCCUUUGUCUUAAAAAUGAACUGAAAACAAAGAAUCUUAUUGCUGAGAUCUGACCAUUAUAAUUCAUUUAUUUCAUCAUGUCAUUUUAAUCAUGUACAUAUUAUAUCAAGACACAAACUCUGAAAUAGUGGUGAAGUUGCUUUGCUAAACUAUCAUUAAGGUGAACACAGGGUAUCAAAGAGGACUUCACCACUGUUUCAGAGUUUGAUCAAGACAGUCAGUGAAGCAUUUAUUUCAUCAACUUGGAUUUUCAAACAAAUUGUGUUCUUAAAUAGGAUUACAGUGUCAAGAUAUAUUUGUACUUUUUUAGAAUCCUAUAUGGAUUUUAAUUUGAUGACAUGAAAAAUUAGUAAGAAAUAUAGUUGUAAUAAAUAGAUGUAAUGUUGUGCACAUGUUUUAUGUCAUUGUAAAUGUUCGGUGCUGCAUCAUAUGUAAAUAAAUUUUUGUAAUCAUUAAAAACAUGAAAACAAA